UUGUCGCUGACUUCAGACUAAUCAACCAUUCCCAAACUCAUCUGCAACUGUAACGACAGGAGAAACAGACCAUUAUUAACCAUGUCACACGCAAAAGUGGAAUUCGCUUCCCGCGGCUUCCCAACAUUACCUGUUGAUUUGGACGAAGACUUCGCGGCACGGGUACCCAUGUUGCGCACACACUCUCUCAGCACCAGAAGGAACUCGUACGUGCUUCACAAAAUUAGCGUAGACAUCGAACCCCAAAUAUACACUGGGGCACUUUCCAAAGCCUUGUCCUGGUCGGCCGAAAACAUACUUGCGCAGAGAAGCACACAAGAGAAGAAGGACGAUACUCCGCCGUCUACAUCCACCGUCUCCAGGCCAGACGGUACCGUGGCCCCCUCGUCUCCCCCGGAGAACUGGGAGAUCGCGGAGGAGCCCAGUCCGGUCGCGCAGGCACCGAGCUCGGACUCAGAUAAUGAAGCGGUGAAAAGCCCGCCAGUGCCCCGUCGGGCGCAGGAGAGCAAGUGGGAACUCGACGAGAAGGAGGACGUGGAGACCAAAGCGGUGGCCACCUCACCAGAUGGACGCUACCUGAAAUUCAACAUCGAGAUCGGCAGGGGUUCAUUCAAGACAGUGUACAAGGGACUGGACACAGAAACUACAGUGGAAGUGGCCUGGUGUGAGCUACAGACGCGUAAGCUGACCAAGGCGGAGCGUCAGCGCUUCAGUGAGGAGGUGGAUAUGCUCAAGGGACUGCAGCACCCCAACAUUGUGCGUUUCCAUGACUCCUGGAAGUCCACCGACAAGGGCCAGAAGUGCAUCAUUCUUGUCACUGAGCUCAUGACCUCUGGCACCCUCAAAACGUACCUGAAGCGCUUUAAGGAGAUGAAGCUGAAGCUCCUGCAGCGCUGGAGCCAUCAGAUCCUGAAGGGGCUGCACUUCCUGCACACGCGCACGCCCCCCAUCAUCCACCGUGACCUCAAGUGCGACAACAUCUUCAUCACCGGCCCCACUGGCUCUGUCAAGAUCGGAGACCUCGGCCUUGCCACGCUGAAGAGUGCCUCCUUUGCCAAAAGUGUCAUAGGAACGCCGGAAUUCAUGGCUCCGGAGAUGUACGAGGAGAAGUAUGAUGAGGCCGUGGACGUGUACGCUUUCGGAAUGUGCAUCUUGGAGAUGACCACCUCCGAGUACCCAUACUCAGAGUGCCAGAACGCCGCACAGAUCUACCGCAAAGUCACCAGCGGUAUGAAGCCAGACAGCUUCUUCAAAGUAAAAGUCCCUGAACUGAAGGAGAUCAUUGAGGGCUGCAUCCGCAUGAACAAAGAUGAAAGGUACACCAUCCAAGACCUUCUGGAACACUCGUUCUUCCAGGAAAACACGGGCGUGCGCGUGGAGCUUGCCGAGGAGGACGACUUGCACAAGGCCAGCCUCAAGCUGUGGCUGCGCAUGGACGACACCAAGAAGCUGCACGGGAAGUACAAGGACAACAACGCCAUUGAGUUCCUGUUCGAGCUCUACAAGGACGUCCCUGAGGAGGUCGCCCAGGAGAUGGUGGUGCUGGGUUUCGUGUGUGAGGCCGACUACAAGCUGGUUGCCAAAGCAAUGCGGGACCGCGUGACGGCCAUCAAGCGGCAGCGAGAACGCCAGCGUCGCCUGGCCGAGGAGCAAAAACGCCGUGACACCAUCGAAGAAGAGCCAGAGCCUCUCUCCCCGAAGCCCAUUAGCCAGCCGAUGCAGAGCCCCUCCCCCUUACCACCUCCAACCCCGCCCACACCCACACCUUCCACUCCGAUGUCACCAGACUCCGCCCUGUCCAUGAUUGGUGGGCCAGUGGACUCCGCCCUGCUUGUGGUCAGCGGGUCGGUGGACUCGGCCGUUUCCAUGGUGAACAGUUCGCUGGACUCUGGAAUGAUCGGGGGCUUCCCGCAGGAGGAGAGUGAGGAGCCAGAGGCCGACCAACACUUCCACAUCCGACAUGUCAUCUGCUCCUCAGCCAACUCGGACUGUGAGACAGACGGCUAUCUCAGUCCUUCCUGUCUCCAGGACCCCUUAGAGAUGUCCAACAGCGUCAGCAGCACCCCGACGACCCCCUACAGCCCUCAGAUUCCACUUCCUGUACCUGCCCAGUCUAUGCCAGUGCCAGGCCAUCCAAUGCCUGCCCUGCGCUUCCCUUCGAGCAUUGCGGUGUCCACUAACACGGACCGGGCUCAAUCUGGACUCAUCAGCGGCUUCAAUUCACCUGGUGACAGUUAUGCAUCUGAUGUGACCUCGGGCUUGAGUGAUGGGUACGAGGGCCAAUCAGAAAAGGCCAGCAAGACAGCCGCAAGGAAGACAGCAGCGAAGCUGUUCAGAAGGAGGGCAAGAUCCCGCCUCCGCAUUACUGGGCUGUCUGAUAAAGUAGACCGCGUUGUCGAAUGCCAACUGCAGACCCACAAUGACAAGAUGGUCACCUUCAAGUUCGACCUGGAUGGGGACAACCCAGAAGACAUUGCAGCCGUCAUGGUACACAAUGAGUUCAUCCUCCCCUCGGAGCAGGAGGGGUUUAUCCACCGCAUGUGUGACAUCAUCAAGCGGGCGGAGUCUCUGAUGGAGAAAGAGCUUGAGGAUCACGGGGCCAACCACUGCAUGAUGCGCCCCCCUUACCUGAGUGGGACCGGUGCUCUCUCCGCCUCCCAGCCGAACCUGCACAGCCACAGUCUUGCGCGGACACACUCGACCUCGUCUCUGCCCGCUGACUUUAGCACAGCGGGCGUAGGCGUCAGUGUGUGCACGUCUCCACCGUGUCAGACUCCAGACGUCAGCACUCCAGUGCGGCCCCUCUUACGCUCCCAGUCCUUUCACAACGCACCAGGCUCUCCUCAUCACUACCACCACCCCCCAGCCUCACUCUUCUCUCCAGAUCCGAUGAUGCCUCUGUCCAAGCUGGCCCACCUGCAGCAUUACCACAUGUCCGGCCUCCUGGGAAACACCCACUUCCCUUUCCCUUAUCCAAUCGGCCACCUGGAUGCCCCCAAAACCCCGCCCCCUGCUGUCCCGCCCCCUGCUGUCCCGCUCCCCUUCUCCUCCCCUCCCCCACCGCCGGCUCCCAGCUCACCCGUGCCUCCCGUCCCAGAAUCCCUUGGGGCGGUGGACGCCAGCCCCCUGUCCCCGCCGCCGACCCCGCUCCCCGUCGCCACGCCGACGAUGUGGUCGCCGCAGCACCCGCACCCGCAGUCGCUCCUGUCACUGGCCAACGUGCUGUCCAUGGCGAUGAGCAUGGCGCACUCCUUCAUGCCCGGCCCCACGCUGGCGUCUCCCCUGGCACAGGCUCUGCCCGGCGCCCUGUCCGGCUUCCACCACCACCACCACCACCACAUGUCCUCUCAGAUGGGGGGGUACCCGCACCCGCACAUGUACCCCCAGGCGCCCCCUUACCCCACAGCCACGCCUGCCGACCCGGGGUACGGAACAGAGUACCACCACCACUAUCUCCACUCCCACGAUGCCCAUGGUGGGUAUGAGUCCAUGCCAAGGGGGUACAGCCCCACCCCACCCCACUCGGUGUCCCCUAUGGCCCCCGUAGGGCACCACUCCCCUCCAGACCCCCCAACCACCACCACCCCUCUGUCCCCUCCGCAGGGGGGGUUCUACUGCCCCUCACCCCUCCCUCAGGAGACCCAUCAGGUGCACGCGCACCCGUUGCCAGGGCCACCGCAUCAGGACCGAUCAGGCUGCAUCUCUCCUUUGGCCCUGUCAUCCCCCUCGAGGACCAGUCCAGAGAGUACGAUGUCCUCGUCUAGCCUGCGAUCCCUUUCCCCGCUGGCGACGGCGGAACCAUGCGGUCCAUUGUCCGAGAGCAAAGCGUCGCAGGCAUUCGACGCAGAGCCAAAGCCAACUGUCACAGUGGGACGUUUCCAGGUCUCACCCAGUAAGGAGUUGCCAUUGAAAACCACACCCAUGCCCACACCCACUGCUUGUCCAAUCACAUCUACUGUUGACCAAACCCCGCCCCGCCCCCAGUGUAACCCCGCCCCCCGAAAUGAGCCACAAGGGUGUGCGAGGACACUCCCAUCACCUCUCAGCGCCGGCCACAACCAGCACACAUCGAUGGCGGGGUCACCCCAAAACCAGGAGCACCUCACAGGGUCUCCCCUUCUCCAGAACCUUCUAACAGGGUACCCUCAGAGCCAGGGGAGUAGAGCAACAGAUCCUCCCCAGGAUGAGCAGCUCCUGGUGGGCAGCAGCAGUGACCAGCCAGCCUCUCUGCCUCUGGAUCAAAGCCAGAUCCUUCUGGAGACCAAAGAUGAUGAGGAUGAGGAUGAUGGUGAUGAUGAUGAUGAAGAGGAGGGUGAUGGUGAAGAGGAGCAAGAUGAGGAGGAGGAGGAGGAGGAAGAGCAGGAGCAUCGGCGCCGGAGGAAGAGGGGCCGUCGGCCGGACCUGACCCUAAGCCUGCUGGGGACAUCGUUGAACAGCAGCUUCGACGGCGAGGGGGGGCGUCUGUGGGAGGACAUGGGGUCCGCAAGCCCCCAGUACCCCGCACCUCUGCACCACCUGUGGAUGAGCUACCUGCGUAACUCCUCCUACCUGAGCAGCGACGAAUCAGAGAGCGAGGUGGAGGGGGUCUGGGAGGAGCUUCAGGAGCUCAGAGAGAAACACAUGGGUGAGGUGCAGUCCCUGCAGUCGGCUCAGAAGCGGGAGAUUGAGGAGCUGUAUGAGCGGAUGGGGAAGGUGCCCCCUCCCGGGAUCGUCUCGCCGGCCGCCAUGUUGUCCAGUCGCCAGUGGCGCCUCUCCAAAGGGGGCGGCUACCCGCCCUCACGACGCAAUAGCCUCCAGAGGCUGGACAUCCUGCCACUGACAGGCAUGGUCAGGAAGAGCUCUCUGAGCGGCAGCAGCACAAGCAGCACCACCACCAGCGGCAGCGGCGGCAGUCGAAGCUCGUCCCAGGAGCGCCCUGGCAAGGUCGUGACCUUUGCCCCCGACUUCACCCGCAUGUAAGAGUGGAGCCUCGUGCACAAUUAGAAUGGACUACCUCAGCAUCCAGAGCAUCCGCACUCCCAUGAGUCUGUGCACCAGCGCUGGAGGAAGUGAUGUCAUACCUACGUAGGAGGAAGUGGUAUCCACAGCAAUGCUUAUGUGUUUUAUUUUUUUUUUGUCUCGUUCUCCUCUGGACCAGUCGCCCUCACUGCUACAGAUGGACGCUUGUCAAGUCCAACUCAAGCCCAAGCCCCUCCCCCUCUCCUUGUGGCAUGUCUCACACACAUGAAGUAUGAAGUUAAUGGAGGACCCAAAGAGUUCAGAGGUCAACCAGAGGAUAAACCAUGCAACGCAAUCAUGUGCUUGAGCUGCACACAAAGGCCUGGAUGUAGUCAAUCCUGCAGAAAGAAUAGCUCUAGAAUGGGCUUUACUUCACAAACCAAACAUUCUUCCAAAAACAGAGGCAGCCCUGUGUGUGUGUGUUUGUGUGUGUGUGUGUGUUUCUCCUGCAAUCUCCUACUAAGUUGUUGGGAGAUAGAGAGAAUGUGUAUCUUCCUAAGGCUCUCGACAUUGUUCAAGGUCUCCUGUAGUUUCUUUGCACUUUCAAGCCUGUGAAUAAUGAUGUUCAAUGAUCAGGCAUGUUUCAUUCUAUGUGUCAUUGUGUGUGUGUGUGUGUGUGUGUGUGUGUGUGAGUGUGUGUGUGUGAGAGAGAGAGAGAGAGAAAGAGAGUAGACAAAGGGAGAAAACCUAGUCUAUCAGCAGAUAACAAUCAUUUGUACUUUUACUGUUUUGCUUAUAGUUUUGCUGUAGAAUCAGUGAAUGAAUCCAACAGCAAAGAAGUGAUAUUCGAUCAACCGCAUACUGGUGUAUAUUUGAGAUGGGUGUUGCUUGUAGAAGUCAUAUAUACAAGGAGUAAGCAUCCAGAUAUCAUGUUUCUUUCGUCUUCUUGAGACAUAUAUUCUAUUUUGAUUAAUGUCAUUGUUAUUUUUUGCAUAGUGCAAAGUUGAUGAAUGAUUACAUUGUUCAUAAAUGUACAUAUUUCUUACCGCAUGACAUAUAAAUAGAGGCACUAUUUGCAAAAUGUCACUGACCUUCUGUCACUGUUUCAACAGUGCUCACUUUGCAAUCUGAAAGUAAUUUUCGAUCAAAUCUUUUCAAUACAAAAGUAGGAAAUUGUCUUCAGUAUUAAUAUAUGGAAAACAAAUGUCAUAACUGCUUACCAUAUUGCACAUGCUUAGAAGAGAAUGAUUACAUCCAGAUGUGCAAUCAAUAUUCAAAAAUAAUGGAUCAAUUGGAGAAACCAUGCACCUUCGCACUUUGGGAUAAAUCAACUGCCUUUCCACACUACCAGAAAAUCAGCAUGGUUAAUGUCUGACACAGCUAAAGAAUGAGAUGGGGUAUGUUGAAUAGAUGCAGGGGUAACCAUCUUUGUGUAGAGAGUCUGCUUUUGUCUUCAAAGAGAAGAUUCUGAACCCUCAGAACCAACUCUGAUUGGCUAUGGAUCAGGAUGGAAUCUUGAAUCUGGAAUUAGCGUCUAUGGGUAGAGAACAUGUGCAGUAUCCCUCAAGUCACUCGUUCUUUAAAACAAUCUCAUCUUCAGUCUUCUUCUGAUUUGCAAGAUUUCAGUUACAUACGCAGUGUCACUUUGAGCCUUUCAUAUCUAUGGGUCAUUGUGACUCCUUUCUGACUGCAAGCAUCUAAUGCAUAGGUAUUUGUAAAGUAUUUCUUAAUACUAUCAAAAGGGGCUAAAUAAUCUGUAUUAUGCUGAAAAUAAUUUGUUUAUCCGGCCUUGGUGACAAGCUCAGAGACAAUAAACUAAAAUGUGUUCUGAUUCACAGUGAAUUUUCAGUUAAGGAUGAUUUUUGCCUGGUGUGCUGCUGGCUGUACACUGUAGCUGUAUAGAAGUUAUUGUGUUGACUAGGGAUGCACCGAUAUCGAUGUGUAAAAUAACCUUUAGUACAGUGGAAACAAAAACAUGUAAAAAAAAAAUCCGUUCUUUCAAGCCACACAUUUACCUAGUGCAGAAUUGAUGGAACAUGACUGAUAAACAUCAGCCACUGCCAGUGGUAAUUGUCAUAAAUUUGCCGAUAUCAGUCAACAGGGCCGAUGUUGGCCGAUAUAUUGAUGCAUCCCUAGUUUUGACUUUCAUGUUUGAAGUUGCUUUCAGGACACAUUGCACCUUUGCAAGACAGAAUCCCCGGAGUUGAGCCACAUACACACACACACCAAAACACUGUGGAUUAGAUAGAUGACAGGUAACUCUAGACCGAGUUGGGGCCUGGUACAUGACAAAUCUGCUUCACAUCAAUUGCAUUCUGCAUUGCCUGGUUGUGUACAGUAGCUUGUCUGAAUGUAAUAUCCAAAAACAACAACAAUAAUGAGUCGGAUGUAUUACAAAGCUGUGAAUCUUCAAUAAUUGCCUUGUGAAACGCACACACUGAGAAAUACUUUAAAGAUUGUAUUCAUAGCAGACGAAGAUUAUAUAUAUUAUAUAUUUUUAGAGCAAAAAUGUGAUGGGAAUAUUAGCAUAUGAUUGGUGAUUGUGAUGCUUUUGAUUGCAAAGCUGCUAGCAAUAUUGUCACGCUAACUCUGUGCCUUUCCUCAUUUUUGAAUACUUAGUAACUCUUAAUAUUUGUACAGAUAAUAAACAUUUGAGUUCAA